AUGGCCGGACACUUCUUCAUUCAGUGGAGGAUCGGGAUCAGGAUCAAGAUCAGGAUCGGGAUCUGCCACCUCCAGGCAGGCGGUGGAGCAGCUGUCGCUGGUCAGAUCGCUGUUCUGCAGCAAGGAACCCUACUCCUCCUUGAGCAGGUGGAUGCCAAGCACCAGGUACUCCCGCUGGCGCGCAUCAAGAAGAUCAUGAAGCUGGACGAGAAUGCCAAGAUGAUUGCCGGCGAGGCGCCGCUGCUGUUUGCCAAGGCCUGCGAGUACUUCAUCCAGGAGCUGACCAUGCACGCCUGGGUGCACACCGAGGAGAGCAGGCGGCGCACGCUUCAGCGCUCGGACAUUGCCCAGGCCAUCGCCAACUACGAUCAGUUCGACUUCCUCAUCGACAUUGUGCCGCGCGAGGAGAUCAAGCCGUCGUCGGCGCAAAAGGGCAAGGAUGGCAGCAGUUCCAGUUCGAGUGGAAUGGCGGGCUCGACCAGCAGUGCCGCCUCCACGUCCAACACAGCCACCUCCAAUGCGGCCGCCUCCGUGGCUGGCAAUGCUUCCGCCACCGUGGCUGGCAAUGCUUCCGCCACGGGCACCUUUGUAGCCAGUGGAUCCUCCGUACCUGCGGCCACGGCUGGCGGCCUAAAGCUGGACACCACGGGCGCAGCCAACGCCGCCGAGGUGCUCGGCUUCAGCACCGUCAAUUCCGACAUCUUCUCAGCGCAACUGCAGCAACAACAGCAGCAGCAGCAACAUGCCGCCCAGCAGCAACAGCAACAACAACAGCAGCAACAUCACCAGGCGCAUCCACAGCAGGUCCAGAUUAUCCAGCAAGGUGCUGGUGGGCAACAGCUACAGUACUUCAUCGCACUGCCCGGCCAGCAGGCGGCGCAGCUCGUGCAGCAAGUGCAACAGCAACCGCAGCCCACCCAGAACCAUCUGCCCAACAGCCUGGGCAUCAACAUAGUGUCGGCCCAACAACCCACCCAGCAGUUGAUCCUGACUGCCGGCCCCAACGGCCAGCUGACCGCCACGCCAGCGCCACAAACGGCCGCCCAGCAGCAGACGGCCCUGCUCCAGAAUCUCGCCCAACAGCAACAGCAGCAUCAGCAACAACAGCAGCAGCAACAGCAGCAGCAGCAACAGCAGGUUAUCAUCCCCACCCAGCUGCUGACGGCGCAGCAGCUGCUCCAGUUGGGCGGAGCACCCACGGUGGCCCACCAGCAGCAGCAGGUGCAAGUGCAGCAACAACAACAGCAGCAAGUCCAGGUGCAGGUCCAGCAGCAGCAUGCCAAUCUUAGCCAGAACAACGCCAGCGCGGUGGCCAGUGGCACGCCGAUCUUCAUAAACUCGACCAUGACCAGUGCCCAGGCGGCGACGCAGGCGCAGCAGCAGGCGGCGCAACAGCAGCAUCAGCAGCAACAGCAGGCGCAAACGAUCUCCACCAUGUCCGCGGAUCGCACACUAACCGGCGGAUUUCGGUAAAAGCUGGAAGAAUUAAAUCAAAUCCGGACGGACAGACGGACAGUUGGCAAUCAUAUCGAAGCAUCGGGAGGCAUUGGAAUCGGGCAUUGGCAACGGGCAUUGAUUGCGCCAUCCCCUGUCAUCCAGCACAAUGUAUAAUAUUAUAGUUUAUGUAGGUGUAUACGAUUGUAUAUCGGAGGAGAUUAUAUAUAGCUAGUGUCUAAGACGUAGGCAUCUUUGUAGAAACGAUUUCUCAAUUGUAAUUUAUUGCUGACCCUCCCGCCCCCCUGGCUGCAGGUUUCACCUCCUCCAAACAAACACCGCCACCUCCACCACUUUUAAACCUAGCACUUAGAGAGAAUAAUGGGAAAACUAGUGUAUGACGCGGAUGCCACCGGUCCAAAGCAUAACCCAGCGUUUCGCGUGGCAUCCGCGGUUUAUUAUGUAUUUGUACUUCUAACUAAGCUAAGCUCUGACAAACAAUUAUAAGCCACCAAGGACUAUGUGCCAGAAA